AUGUCUGAUCCGUUGAGUGUCGCCGCUUCGAUUGCAGGGCUCAUCUCAAUCACAGUGGAGGCCGUCAAGUUCCUCAGCCCAUAUGUCUCAGCAGCGAAGGAGACCCCGCAGGUCGCGGCGCACGUCUACUCUGAAGUCCAGAGCACCCAGGUCAUACUGAUGGGGCUUCAGAGCUUGACGAAAAAUCUUGGGUCGGUGAAUAUUCGGCAUGCCGCGUUGAUUGGAGUUAAUCAGGUCGUGGCCGUACUCACAGAUGGGGUUCUGCUUUACUCGGAGUUGCAUAAGGAACUUCAGUCCUUGUGGACUAAAGAUAGCGUGGAAAAAGUACCGCUCAGAGGGCGUUUACAGUGGGUAUGGAAGGAGAGUACUUUUGUCACACUCUUGAACAGACUGCAGAGCUUUAAAAGCUCAAUGACACUUGUCUUGAUGAUUUUGCAAAGUGACUCUGACCAAAUAGCAAAGGAACACCAGGAGCAGCUCUCCAAUAACGUCCAAGCCCUUCUAGACAAUAACACCGCUCUGUCGCGCAGACUGAUGAAUCUAGAGGACGCUUUGGAUUCUCAGACGAUUAUUUCCAGACGCAUGAGCAUCAUCUCAUUGAGCGCGUCUCCAUCUCGAAACGCAAGUCAGCAAUUGACUGCAGAAUCACCUGCUACAUCAAUCGCCACCGAGAACAGCCUUGCUAUAUCCAAGUUUGACUUUGAAGAGGAUCUUGAGUCAUCACGCGUAUAUCGCCGCGCAGUGAGAGAGACCAUGGACUAUUCAUUCCGGAGCUCGAUUGCAGGAUCACAUAGUUGGUCUGUCUUCUCGGGAUUGAGUCUAGGUGAUAUAUCUAUCAUGUCUGUUAUCGCAUUGCCCGUGUAUCAGGACGAUAUCACCAAUGCGGAGCACUAUGAUUUCGGAGAAGAGCCUGCUCCCAAUACUGAAACGCAUGGGACAGUCACGGACAACCCUUUGUUGAUAGAAUGCCUCGAGCUGAAGCUCAAGCUUCUCACGAUACCGGGGAUGUCCAGGUACUUUGAUGAAAUACCUCACCCCGCUGAUGACUUCUCUCACCUCCGGUCAGUGCUUGAACAAGCUACACCACUGGCUAUUCUUGCUCAGGCUUUGGACCCGACUGAAAAUUUGAAUGUCCGUCUACCAGAGGACCUUAAUAAUGAUGUCAAGAAAGAACUAGUUUUAUGGUUUGCCCAGUUCUGUCACGAUAAGCUCGAUAUCAAAACGAGCAAUCUGAUUACAGUCCAGGAUCUGAUGGGGGGUAGCGCGUAUAGCAUUUUUAAGGUCAUUUCACUUAUUUCAAGUAUCACCAAGAACUUGGUAAUCUGUGGUCCUCCUAUGAACCAUUUGUCUUCAGUUAAAGCACAAGUUGACGCACAGCCCCCAGAGCUUCGGAAGCUACUCACAGAGCAGCGUCAGUUUGUCCGGGAUCUCGAUGAACUCCUUGAAUUGAAGGACCAACUUGAUAUGCUUUCGGGCCACAUAUUUCAAGGGUCAAGAGACCUCGCAGCUACAUAUAUCACAUUUGGUAUUAUUAUAGAACGGAACCUUUUACUUCCAUCAACACAGCAGAUAUGGGCUCCAGCUUUUGACUUUAUUCUCACAUCCAUGAGAUACGAAGCUUCACAUUAUGUCUACUAUGGCAGUCAUAGAGCCAGGAUACAACUUUGGCUCAAAAAAGGACGUUUCAAAGAUAGAGAUAAGAUCAGAGAAUCGCUGGCAAGAUGUCUGUAUCUCUUGCCCAUAAGAGCCAAAAGAAUUUCUAUGCUCUUUGAAUUCUCCGAGUACUUGAAAGGCCAGCCAAUGGCCACAGAAGAGCAGAAGAAGGAUCGCAGCAGGUCUCAGUCUUCUAUUGCGAAGAUUGUUUCUCAGCUACAGGAUAAGGGAAUGUCUAGCGGUACCCUAACCGCCGUUCAAGAGCUUCAACAACGAAUAGAGGACUGGAAGGGCAUUCAUCCCGGAGAUCUCGGAGAGAUGAUUCUCUGUAAAUCACUUUAUGUGACAAAGAGUUCCAAAACCCACCUGGUCGAAAUCCUUAUCUGA